AUGGUAGACUCAUUUGGUGUUGUUUAUCUUUCACCUUGCAUGUGGUCUGCCUCCUUGAUUAUCUGUGAAUUUGUGCGUUUCAUUCAGUGGCUUGCUUUUGUUCCUGCUAUGCUUUGCUUCUUAUGCGUUCCAGACAACAAUGGAUCUGCUCCUACUGUCUCGUCUUGCUCACUUACCUGGCAUAUUAGGUCAUCCUCUUCCUCAAUCAGAUUCGAUCUCUCUUCAGCCCCCAUUGCUGUCACCCAAGGGUCACAGCGUCUGCUACUUCGUGUCUUGCUCUGUCGCAUCACCAUGGUCACCACACGGAGCCGUCGUACCUCCUCAUCCGCUGCUACUGAUCACAGCCCCUCCCGCUCCGUGCGCCGCCGAACUGCUGCUUCUCCUCCCUCGGGUGUUACGCCGACUGCAAGCCCAUCACGGCCGUCCUCCUCCCGGCGCUCGCGCUCCAGCACAGCGUCUCGUGCAUCCCCUCAUCCACCGGCUUCCCACUUCGUUUCUCCGGUGUGUGCUACUCGGUAUACAUAUGUAAUCUGUCAUCGUCCUCUGUUAAUCGAAAAGGAUUUCGACCUCUCUAGUUUUGGCCCCACUUUUGUUGAUUUUCUCACUCGGCAUCGUCUCUUGCCAUUAGUUCGUGGGUUGCCUCUACCGAAUUUUCAGAUCAUUCGGGAGUUUUAUGCAAAUUUUCCUGAUGUAUCUGCUGCCUCUGUUGCCUUGUCUGGUUUGGUUGUGCGUGUGCGUGGGGUUGCGAUUCCACUCAGUUUCCAUUUUAUUUCGGCUGCUCUGGGUCUGCCUCCUAUUCGCUCUGGAAGUUCGUGUGAGCCAGUUCCUGAUUUUCUUCCGUGUCGUCAGCUGGUGAAUCGCCUCUAUGUGUCUCCACCGGAGGUGCUCCCCACUGAACUCUCCUCUGGUAUGAUGUCUCAGUGGACCCGUACUCUGUAUAUGCUUGUGCGAAACUAUCUGAAUCCAACUUCUCAACAUGGGAAAGUGAGUUGGAAAGCUGCUCAUAUUCUUUUCCAGUUAGUGAUUGAGCAAUCUGUCAGUGUUGAGUUCUAUGUUCGUGAAAGCCUUAUUGUCGCUGGUGCUGCCAAUGCCACUGUUCCGGCGUCCAGUCUUGUUCUUCCUCGGAUUGUCACUGCCUUGGCCGCUCAUGCUCGUGUGCCUGCCCUACCUACAGAUGAUAUUGGCUCAUCCGACUCCCUCAAAGUCAACAACCAAGUCACUUUACACCGCAGCGAUGCUCACUGUACUUCUGGUGGUUUCUCCAUCGAGCAACAGGCUCUUUUGGAUUCACUCUCUGCCUCCCAUCAGGUGACGCAUGCACUUCUUCGUCGCAUCUGGAAUCGUCUUGACACCUAUAGUGAGCUGUUGCUAUCUGUUGCUGGGCACAUUCAGCCUACUGCUCCUCCCCGUUCUCCUCGGGCUCGCAGCAUCUAA